AUGGCCCACCGUCUCUCCCAGAUCUCCUCCCACCUCAACUACCCUCAAGGCCUCCUCGCCAAUCAAGUCGCCAUCAUCACCGGCGGCGGCCAGGGCAUCGGCGCCGAGACCGCGAAGUUAUUCGCCAAUGAAGGCGCCAAAGUCGUCAUUGCUGAUAUCGAUGCU